GAGUUGUGCGGCUCAGAGCCAGUGCGGACGUCCGCGCGAAAAGUUCGCCAGCUGAGCACGACGGCGACCGACGGCGGCGCGCGAGAGCAACACGCAGCAGCAGCCGGCAGGGACGCCGCACCGAACGACGCGGAAACUGCGACUCGCCUCAGAGAAUAUGUCGCCCGAGCCGGACCAGGCGGUGCCCGCGGACGUCGGCGAAGUGAACGCCAGCGCCAACGGCAGAGCGGAGGCGGCGUGUGCCGGCGCGGACGCAGAAGCUGAUGCUGACGCCUACCUGCGCCUGCUCCUGCGGGAGGGCGUCGACGUACCGGCGCACACGCAGGGUCCGCCUCCAACGGAGCCGCCCCCGUGGCUGGACGAAGAGAAGUUCCGGCUUGGGCAGCGCUUCGCCACGGAGCACCUGUUCGGCCUGGCCUACUCCGAGAUGUUGUCUCUCAUCAUCCUCUUCUCCUUCCCGUCGUCGCUGGAGCCGCUCAUCUUCACUGGGAACUCCGACACGCCCUUUAAGGCGUUCAAGCGCUACCUCUCAACAGGCAUCAGGGUCCUGGCGUGGUUCGAGGGCGAUGUAUGGGGCGGCGGGGGCGGCGGCGAGGCUCGGCGGCAAGUGGGGACUGUGCGCGCCAUGCACGAGGCGGUGCAGCGACGCCUGGGGGCGACGCCGGCGCCGGAGCGCGAGCGUCGCAGCCACGUGGCCGGCCCGCUGUGGGCGCCGCUCACCACUGCCGGCAUGCUGGGGGGCGGCGCCGGGGGCGGUGGGGGCGGCUGCCCCUGUCUGAGGGCCGGCGUCGACGUCAACCAGACGGAGAUGGCGCUGACUCAGUUUGGCUUCGUGGGCCUGAUGCUGCUGCAUCCGGACCGGCUAGGUGCACCAGAUGCGAGCGAACAAGACCUGGAGGGCUUCGCGCACAUGUGGCGCGGCCUAGGCUACCUUCUGGGCAUCGAGGAUCGCUUCAACCUGUGCUCCGGCGAUCUCAACAGUGUCCGCCGCCGCUGCCAGCUGGUGGUGGAGCGCCUGGUGGCGCCGAGCAUGGAGCGCGUGACGGCCGAGUGGGAGCACAUGUCGCGCUGCAUGGUGGCAGGCGUGGCGCUGUACGUGCCUGGGCCCCCGUUCUCGGUGUCUCUGUGCUACCUACUGGGGGAGCUGCUGGCUCUGCGCGAGCCGGCGGCCCGCCUGCGCGCCGCGCUGUGUCUGGGCGACCGCCUCACACUGCUCUUCGUGGGUGGCCUGCUGCGCUGGUUGCUGCGCUUCGCGCCGCUGCGCAGGCUGUACAACUGGCUGCUGAGGCUCGCCAUGAAGCGCGCGCGCCACGCGCCGCAGCUCUGGCUCAGCGCAGCCGAGGCGCGCCGCUAUCCGUACCAGCAGCCGGCCAUCACGCAGCUGUAGUUCGCCGCUCCAUCACUGGCUGGCGCCGGCUCCGUCGCACGACGCCUCGCCGGGAAACGAACACGACUGACCGCGUACCCGCGGGGAUGUAGGGGCACGGAAGUAGUCGCACGGCGUUGUCGGCUGAGACACCCCAAGGGGCAGCUCAGCUGCCUAAUUAAAAAGAUUUUAUUUUCUGAAUGAAUCUUUCACUCUGCAGUGAAGUGUGCUCAGUUUUGAAACUUUGUAGAUUCAAACGGCCAUUUGGAUUGGGACUCGAAUCUGGAAGUUCGUGUUUCACUAGCAAGCAGCAGACGGGUACUUUCAGGACAGAUUUCAGGCUGUGAUGGUGGGUCGUGAGUAGUGUAUCCAGUUUGCGGAUAAUCAGGGUACAGGAGGUGACUUUUCUGCAGCAUGGGUGGGUGGGCUGUCCGGGACCCCUACGUUUGAACCGAGAGUGAAGGCACAAAUCAUUUGAAAUGUUUAGCUCAUGUCAUACAACAUUCAUUUUUACAAUUAUUUAAGGCCACAAUUUUUCUUAUUUCGGCCUACAGGGUAAAAUAUGUCUUGUAGUGACAUGAUUGCGAUAAAGAAUACCAGUUACACUGCUCUCUAAAUGGCAUUCGUGAACAUCCUUCAAGAAAUAGAGAUAUAAUCACGCGCACAAAAUGAGCUCAAAAUUUACUGAAUGAACAAACCGACAUCAAACACAAAAAAUAUGCUAAAAACUUUAUUGAUACAAAGCAGGAAGAGAGAUAAAAUAAACAAACCAGAGAUACUAAGUAACCCUCCUCCACAGUAACAGCAUAAACAGUACAAAACAAAAAUAUAACAGCAAGAAAACAUCACAAAUCAUAGGCCAUAACAAAAUUACUACUUGUAAAAUAAAAAUAAAACGUAAAAAUCUCAAAAAAACCAAAAGACAUUUCAUGUAAAAAACGUAAUUGGAAUAAACCUAAGAAAGUAAUCAAAACAUAACCGAAUUUCCACACAUCACCAACUUCUGGUGGUAACUAUGUAAAUAUCUCUGAUCCAAGUUGUCAGGAGGAAAAAAACGCACAAAAAAAGUCAGACGUAGAAUUACGCCCACAAAGAACAUAAAAGUAACGUGUAAAUACAAAGUCCAACAAAGACAGCAUGUGGCAGCAUCGAGAUUACAUGUAAGGUAAAAACACCAGUCAUGUGUAAUACCUCUCAAAACAUAGCUAUAGUUCAUAAUAUCAAAGCUAUCGACUAUUAAAGUAUAUAUAGAACGCAAGACGAUGGCAAUAUGCCGAAAUGAGCUCAUUGUGAUUUACGCAAUUAAAAAAUGUACAGAGCAAUGUAACUGGCGUAUUUUUAUCGCAAUUGUUUAAUUAUUGUUUAAAUAUUUCUUGUUUAUUUUAUUGCACUAAAUAAAGCCUGCAUCAUUCAACUAUUUAUCACACAAAAUCACAUAUUUUUCUGUGGUUGUUUUAAUUGAUUAACAUAAAUGAACUGUUAGAGAACUGAAUUUUAAAUCCUGAAAAAUUAUACUAUCUCUUUAGCAAGAAAAUUUCCACAUGAAACUAAAUUCCAGGGUUUAAAUUUGCCCCCAAAAAGGUCUGCAAAACUGAUUAAUUUUAACUAACAUUUCCAAGUGUUUUGUAGUAGAAACAGACGGAGCCUCAUCACAACUGUCCUGAAGUUCUCACCCAGAAUGAUGCUUUUGUUCGGUACAUAACUGUGAUCAUUGGCUAUUGGAAAAUCGUCGUCUUUUCCGUCUAUUUCUUGAUCUAUAUCACCGAUAAAAAAAUUUCAUCAAACUCGGGAAAGUUAAAAACUGACAUGUUCCUGAGAACACAUUUUGUACUAUGGUACCAUACUGGAGAAAACAGUUACGUCCUUCACGAAGCAUGGUUGGUUCAAAUGGCUCUGAGCACUAUGGAACUUAACAUCUAUGGUCAUCAGUCCCCUAGAACUUAGAACUACUUAAACCUAACUAACCUAAGGGCAUCACACACAUCCAUGCCCGAGGCAGGAUUCGAACCAGCGACCGUAGUGGUCACGCGAUUCCAGACUGAAGCGCCUAGAAUCGCACGGCCACGAAGUAUGGUCUAGGAGAUCCUAACACCUCUCAGUAACACGUGUCGACAUCAAAGAACGAAGGUGAUAACGGAACCGACAGCAAAACAUUGCAAGGUUGACAGUUUAAGGAGAAUAGAUGGAGUAUAGCAGCAUUCCGCUAUGACUAACCUUGAAAAAUUUUCACCCGAUCUUAGAGACCAAACCGUGUUCAGAAAUUGUCUGGGCACGGACCUAAGCCGCAAGACAAAGAAAGGAGAGAGACCAGCGAAAAAACUUUCGCAGUUACAGACGUUCUCUCUGUAUUCAGUGCAGAGUGCGGCUUUGUUGUGGCUGUACUGCUCACCAAAUGUUGCUCAUCUUGUAGUCCGAUAUCUUCGCUCGAUAAAGAACGGAAUUUCUUUUCGUUAUAUGUCAUAGUUACUGCGCUGCGUCAAAUUAAGUAUAACAUUGCAGAGGUCUAAAUGCAUUGCUUAAAUUUUGCGCAUGGCUUAUUGUAGCUCAUACAUUGUUAUGUAUGAUAUGUAGAUAAGACAUCGAAAUUUUAUUUAAAUUUUUCAGCAGAACGAUACGGUAUUUCGUUCUCAAGUUAAUGGUUUUUGUAUCCAUUAGACAUUACCGCUCGAUGUGCUCAUUUCUAUCUCUGUGCAUCGGGAAUCGUGUGGUCAUAACAACUGGCAUAUUUCGUAAGCGGUUCAAGAUAUCAAAACGAGGAAACAGUAGCAUGCAAAGAGACACCUAUGCCUAUGUUUUUUGAUAAAUACGCUAUACCUUUUUAUUCAAAAAGAUAUGGAAGUAGCUCGUUCGUAGCAGGAAGAUGGUGGAACAGGACGCACAAACAUGACAAUAGCGCUUCAGGAAAACCCAGGGUUCCCGUUUCAACAGGUACUCAGCAUCUGGGGAGCAGUGGAAUAUGACGAGUUAACUCGUCCACAGCACUUAAAUGAGCUAAUUUUCAGCCAUUAUAUCAGUAUUUUCUUAUAUCAUGACCAAUGUUGGUACUCUGGCACAAUUGUAACCCCCCCCCCCUCUCAAAAAAAAGCCGUGGCCAGAUGGCUGUUGGCUACAGCCUGGGCGUACAUGUAAGGGCUGUAGUUGGAUGUGUACAGUGUCAGGUACACGUGACAGGUUUCUAAGAGCUCGCCUGCAUCCAAUUAAGUACAACAUUUCGCCCUUUCACACAGCAUGCACGAUCAUGGUUCCAUUUAUGAGGUACUGGUUGAAAAUAUUCUGGGAAAAAUGCCGACCUCCCCUCCAGUUAAGAGCACACAAAUUUGUUUUAAGGGCUGCCAUUAAUUUAUUGGGUGAAUCAAUUCUUGCCACAACACCGUUCCACGUGAGUGACUGCUUUUUAAGUCAAUAACACAGCUCGUCAGUCACAUGUGAAUCACUGUUCCAGAUCACUGAAUUUAACGACGAGUAACAACUUCUUCUGGAGUUAAUAAUGAUCACAAACUGUGACCUCACACACAGGAAUGCACACAUUGUCCACCACUACCCAGCUCUCUGUAAGUGACAGUGGAGUUUCUGUCUCGAAAAGUUUAAUCAAUCAGCGUCCAGGAAAAUCCACACUACUUUAUAGGAUCUUGCUUUCCUCGGCCAUCGAGAAGUGAAGAUGUUGUCUCCAAACGAUUUGUUACACCUUAGCUCACAACCAAGAUACUGCAAUAUCACAGUUUUCAACAUGCAAACUAAUUUUACACUCUGCACAGUUACUGGUUGGAACGACUGUAGCCGGCCGGUGUGGCCGUGCGGUUCUAGGCAUUUCAGUCUGGCAUCGCGUGACCUCUACGGUCGCAGGUUCGAAUCCUGCCUCGGGCAUGGAUGUGUGUGAUGUCCUUAGGUUAGUUAGGUUUAAUUAGUUCUAAGUUCUAGGCGACUGAUGACCUCAGAAGUUAAGUUGCAUAGUGCUCAGAGCCAUUUGAACCAUUUUGGAUGACUGUAAAUGAGAAAUGCUUUUACGGUUGUUCCCACCAGCCACCAUUCUCAGUGCCAACUUAGUUUGUGCAUACAGUAUGCUCCCCAGCCGUUGGGCUUCUGAUACAUUGCACAACAUUGUGACUCACCAUGUGCCUGUUCGCUAUAAACGUUACAACUGUAUUCAGAAGCCCAGUACUGUACAUUAACAGUCAAAGUAGUCCCAUACUCAGGGAAGGAGGGUAGAGGAGCAGAUGCAGGAAUCCUACAUCACAGGUCUAGGCAAGCUCCUGGUGCAAGUGGUUUGCCAUUGUCUUCCUCCGACCUGUUCAAAAGUGUCAGGUGUGUACCUGUGUCCUCUGUGAUGAGUCCAUGUACAGUGUAGUGUUGGAUUUGUAUUGCCAUGGAUGAAGGGAAGAGAGAGAGUGUAACCCGCUCCUGCAAGAACCCUACUCCUUUUGAAUAGCACUAAGGGGCACACCAAGCUUAACGGCCCAUCCAACUCAUGGAUGUCCAUCAGCAUUGUCACGUGCCCUCACUUCAUGAUAAACUGAAAAGAGAAGUGAGAUUUGGAAUAGUGACAAUUUUCUACCACCAGGAUUUGAACUAGCAUGCUUCUGAAUUGAGUGCCACUGCAUAUACAUUGGUCAGUGACUUUUUCCUAUAGAGCUGGGUUCAUUGAAAAUAUAGUCAGAACAUAUACGGAAAUGGUGGAAUCUUCAACGUCCAGUGACCCAGUGGGCUAAUGCACUGUGACACUAUACCAGAGGUUGCACGCUCGAAUCCUGCCUCAGACAUGGAUGUUUGUGCUCAUAUUUGUGUCUCUCCUUGUGUGUAACGUAAUUUUUAAGCACCAGAAGUGAAUGUUGUUGCCAAAACCAAUAUGUAAAAACUCAAGUUAAGAAAUAGGCCUACUAAGUUCAAAAUCUUCCUGCUGCACCGUAUUAUAACUUUCUCGAUUACUGCCAUCAAUAUGUUCAGAAAUUCAGCUUGAAGUUUUCGAGUAAUCAGUCAUUGUUGAAGCAAAUACACGUAUUAUAUUUUGAAUUGGGAACAGCACCCAAAAGCUGGAAGAUGAGCAUCUCGCUUAUGGCUUUCACGGGGCACAUCAUGAAACUUAAAAAUCUGAACUUCCCACAGAAUUUGGGACAUAUGGCAACACUAGUCCUGAGUCAUGCACAAAUAGAAAAAAAUGUCCAAUAUUUAAAGCAACUGUUAAAACAACCUUACUGAGUGCUAUGCAGUCUCAGUUUGUGGUUUCCUGACUGGGAAAGGCUGUGAAUCCAUUACCAAUGUGCUUAAAUUCCAGACUCCUAAACUUUUUUGCAUUCUUUCCAAUUUAAUCUCAAAAUAUGUUUUCUUGGCAGCUCUAUGUAACACAAAACUGUCAAAAUGCACCUCAAGAAGCAAACCAGCAAAUACAAUUAAUGCACUUUAUCGGAAACACAUCGUUAGCAAGCAAGUACAUUGUUGCCAGCUGAAUGUAACGACAUGCUUCACACCCUCAUUUCACAUAAUCGGUUGUGAAACACACACUAGAUGGUGAAACUGAUGUUAUUGUACUCUAGCAAGACAUUUACAAACCACAGUGGAUGGAAUUUUCAAUGCCAGAAACAAAUGAGUAUCUUCAGCACUAUCAAAACUUUAAUAUUAAAAGUUGGUUAAUGAAUCAUCAAAGUAUCACAGAGAAAUGCAGAGAGAGGGAUUCAAGAGUGAAGUUUCUGCCACUUUGUUGAUUUCCUUGUGCUGUAAGCAGCAUAAAGGUUGGCAUGACUCCCUUAGGCCCAGCUUUCUGAGCCCCAGACAUCUGAUACAUGGAGCUAACCAGCAUUUCCUGGCAUGCCUUAGAACUAGAUGCUACCUGUUGUUUGAAAACCAGGACUCAACAUCAACAGUUCUAAAUGAGUUGACUGCUAUUAUUUAAAUGUAUGUGGAAAAUACUCUAAAUGCUUCCACACAAUUUAAAUUCUGUAUGUAAUACAUUACUGAAAAACAUGUUUUAAUAUAUCUUUUGAGGUGGCUCUGCCUCAGAGCCUGUGACUAUGAAUCACAAAUGUUCUUGCUCACUACACAAAUAAUUAAUUCCAUUUUGCACCCUAUUAUAUUUUUAAUAGGGUAGUAUUUGCCAAAGGAAGAUUCAUCUUGGUUUUGGAUAUCAAUCAGAAAUUUAAUCAGUUUAUAAUAUAAAUGGGAUAGCUCUCAUUCUUGGAUAAAAUUCAAGGAAUUUUAAACAAAUCCAUACUGUUUAUGCCUCAUUACUGGAAUUAGCAGCCUCAGAGUUCCCUCUCACAAUUUAUUAUGCACAGAUAGCUCUGUGUGCUUGGAGUGCUAUUCAUAGGCUAAGCUUAUUUAUUCCUUUAGUAACAGUUACAGUGGCAUGCAAGUAAGAAGGCAGUUGUGUUAUGCAUGCUGCACAGAGGGGGCUGGGUACUCUGGUAACAAAGCCACUGUUUCUGCCUGACUUUCUCUAGAAAUAUUUACAUUCUUGGAAAACUAUCUCUGUCACUUGUUAAAGUAAUAAUUGACAUGUUUGCUUUAUGCCACCUAUAAUUAAUAAUACAGUGGCUAAGUAGCCUUUCCAUACCUGAACUGCAAUGAAAAUCAACACCCUGAAACACACAGGACAGACAGACAACACAGAAUUAUGCUAUUAGCCAGAGCAUCAAGUGGUACAGUAUUCAUUGCUAUUGCAAAUAGCCCCACCAUCCACCUUCUUACAUGCACACCAGGAGUGAACUGCCAAACGCUGUGUCAUUCCACUGUGCAGGUAGUGCCACUAUUCCAAUGUGGUAGCUUUAAUACACUGACAGUUCCAAGUAUGUUAAGCAUUAUUGACUGCUGUCCUGUAAUGUUAUGUAUUACAGGAAACUGAAUUACAGAAAUUUUGCAUUCUGUUUUUUGUGUAAUUGCAGGUAGUAGUCAACAGAAUAAUAGAUCAGUCUAAUUAUAUGGGAUAUAUUUUUCUGUAAGAGAUGCAAGUUAAGAAAUUGUGCAGUACAGUAUUUGUGGUCACCUGAGAAAACACCUGGAGCAAAGGCAUCCAAAAGUAAGUGUAUCAAUUCACAGACAAAGUGCUGCAGUAGUGCAAACAGUUUCACUGGUUUCAGGGUACUACUUCACAGCCUGUGUAGCUAUUAAAUAAUUAAUAAUUUUCUGAUAUCUAUCACUGGGUUGCAGCUGGAACAUUGCAACCCAUGAUAAAUGUUAAUUAAUAGUGUAGCUCAACACUACUGGAUAGCUCAGUCAGCAGGGUUUGAGUACCGGUCUGACACACAGUUUCAAUCUACCAAAAAGUUUCAAAAUCGCAUAAACUGCUAGCAGAGUAAGGAUUCAUUUUGAUGAUGUGGAAUAAAAGAGCCUAGCUAUGUUAUGUGUUUGAGUCUGCUGAAGAACUAUUUGUGCAGAAAGUCACAAAUUUCAUAGGUUUACCCUUAUUCGUUGUGCUAUUCGUUUACUGUCAGUGGCAGAGUUUUCAACCUAUAAGGAGCUCAUGCCAGAAUCAUGGCCAAAUGACUGUCAUCAUGGAUGGGGAGCACUGAUAUAUGUCCCAGUUUGUGAUAUAAAUGGCUUUGAUACAGGACAGAAAAUUCUGCAAAACAUAAAUGCCAAUUCAUCACAACACUUUUAAACUGAAUACUUUGGAAGGAAUUGCAUUUCAUGGACAGUUGGAGCAGAACUACAUUCAAGAGGUGGUUACUAACACCAGUCCAAAAGUUAUGUGGAAGAACACCAACACUGGAUUGUGUAGGAUUGAAAUCAUGUUGUUCAUUUACACAAAUCGGAUUGCUAUUUGUAUGUGAAUGACUUCCAGUAUCAUAUUUCUCAUCAGUCUCAGAAGUCCUGUAAUGAGAGUGGAGGAGUUUGUGAAAUUUUCUGUGAAUUUCUUAACUAUUUAAUUAUCUAAAAAUGGAUUCUUUAGCCGAGAUAGCUGGUUCUCUGAUAUAGAACACCAACAACCAAUUUGUGAAACUUGUCCACUUUAUUAACUUAAAAAACACUUGUUUCCCAAGAUGUCCAUUCUUGUAUGUCAGCUACUGCUAGAACUUUAUGAAGUUCAUACCAAAGCUACUACUAAAUCUUAUGGAUGUGUUACAUGCCAUUAGGAUGAAAAUGACUAAUUUUUUGUGUCAUGAACAUAUUUUGACUACUUCAGCCUGUAACACAAAACUAUAGGUUUUUUAUAUCAUUUUUUUCUGUUAUGACAGUAAAUUCUAGCAGUGUAUGGCAUGGCUGGAAUACAUCAAGAUUGUAGGAAGGCCAGUGUUGUGUUACAUUUUCUCUUCUAGCUCCAGUUUUUUGCUGCCGUCAACACAUUUACUGAGUUUUGUUGAAGCACUUAAAAAAUAAUCUCAGUGGAUAAAUAAUAUUAUUAGCUGCUCACAUGCCUGAGACCUUUUGUUAGCAUCUGUGUCCACAGUGGGAGUUGUUCUGUGUGCAGCCAUACCAGUCAAACACUUUGUGUAACAACCUUUUUCCGAUAUAUGGCAGUAUAUUAACACAGUUUUGUCAUUUCUAUAUAAUAUGGUUCUCUGAAGUGUGUGCAUGUACAGAGGACCAGAAAAUGGAGAUAAUAGAACUCAGAACAAACAAGUAAAUGAAAAAUGUGUGGACUAGUUCCACUUACUUAAGGUAACAAGUAGCAUAAAUCAGGAUUAAUCUGCACUCUAAGCCUUGAAAUACAGAGCCUGUUGUAAACACUGUGUAACACUUGCAUGUAUAUACAAAAGUCAAACUAAAUGAAUACAAAUCCAUUAAGGCAACAGGUGCAGAAUAGUGAGAAUGAAGACAAACAGGUGCAUCAGGGGUGUUGCACUGUUGAAUCAGCUUAUUUGCCUCAUUAGAGCUGUUGUACUGAGGUGUCCAGUGUGUGUGUUUUGGUAAUGAAGUGUCCAGUGUGUGUGUUUUGGUAAUGAAGUGUCCAGUGUGUGUGUUUUGGGAGAGGAGGGGGUACCUGUUUACAGAGAAAAGGUAUGGCUUCCCAUUCAGUCAUUUGUAACUGACUGUGAUGUGGAAAAUGAAGCCAUGUUUUUAAAAAGUUUGCUUAUGUAGAUUCAUGACAGUAUUGACAAAUAUACAAAGAUGUAUAUAAUUAAUUGUAAUGAAGUUUAAUUUAAUCAACAGAUAAAAUAAAAAUUUGUGCUCUUUGUAUCAUC